AACCACCUACUUAAAGCUAUUUUAAGCUAAAACACGUUUAAUAUGGUUAUUAUCGGCGGACUUUAAGUGAUGAUUGACUGGAACAUCGUAGACAGACUGUAGAAGAACAGACCUGUGCUAGAUGUUUCUACAGCCUGCGGCGACAGAAAUAGACACGAACCUGCGUUUGAUCUUAAGGAGGAUGAACGGGACACCUACCUGGCUGCUGCUGCUGCUGCUUUCUCUCUGUGCCGUGGCCUGGUCUGUGCCUGUUGACCGCAAUGGAGCCAACCAAGAACCAAAAGAAGAAGUUCCAGAGGAGAACAUGGACACAGGCCUGUACUACGACAGAUACCUCAGGGAGGUGAUCGAGGUUUUAGAGACAGACCCUCACUUCAGAGAAAAGCUACAGACAGCGAACACAGAGGAUAUCAAGAAUGGUCGUCUCAGUAAGGAGCUGGAUCUGGUCAGCCAUCAUGUCAGAACGCGCCUGGAUGAGCUGAAGCGGCAGGAGGUGUCUCGUCUGAGGAUGCUGCUAAAGGCCAAACUGGACAGCACCAACACACAGAGUCUGCAGAUGGACCAUGCCUCUCUGCUGAAGCAGUUUGAACAUCUGGAUCCACACAAUCAGAACACCUUUGAGGCCAAAGACCUUGAGCUGCUAAUCUCCACGGCCACCAAAGAUCUGGAGAACUAUGAUGCUGAGAGGCACGAGGAGUUCAAGCGUUACGAGAUGCUGAAAGAGCAUGAGAGACGGGAGUACCUGAAGGGCCUGGACCAGGAGAAGAGGGAAAAGGAGGAGAAGAGAAUGCAGGAGCUGAAGGAGAAACACCGCCAACAUCCUAAAGUCAACGCUCCGGGUAGUGUAGCCCAGCUGCGGGAGGUGUGGGAGGAGACAGAUGGACUGGAUCCACAGGAGUUUAACCCUAAAACCUUCUUCAAACUUCAUGACACAAAUGAAGAUGGAGUUUUAGAUGAACAGGAAUUAGAAGCUCUCUUCACUAAGGAGCUGGAGAAAGUCUAUGACCCGAAAAAUGAGGAGGAUGAUAUGAUGGAGAUGGAGGAAGAACGGUUGAGGAUGAGAGAACAUGUCAUGAAGAAUGUGGAUACAAAUAAAGACCGGCUCGUCAGCCUGGAUGAGUUCCUCAAAUCCACAGAGAAGAAGGAGUUCAAUAACCCCAAAGAGUGGGAGACUCUGGACACUAAGCCGGCGUACACAGAAGAAGAGCUCCAGCGAUUUGAGGCCGAGCUCCGGGAUAAAGAGGAGCUGAAGAGGAGAGCCGAGACUCUGCGUCAGGAGCAGGAGCUGCUGAAGGAGAGAAAAGCCCUGGAGGCUCAGAGGAGGGAGUAUCAGCAGGCAGUAUUAGAGAUGUCUCAGAGACAGAAGGAGCAGCCGGUAGUGGACGGUCAGCCUCCUGCUGGUCCUAAUGGAGAAUUACAGUUCCAACCAGAGUCACAGAAACAGGAGGAUAAAGAGGCUAAAGCACCAGCUGAACAUGAAGCUGAGGUCCAGAAUAAUCUGCCUGCAGAGCCUCCACAGAACCUGCCAAUACACACCUAAUACAGCACACUCUGACAGCCUUAAAACACACACACACACUUAAACUUUGAUUGCACUGUCACAGACAUCCAGAUGGGUUCUGCUAACUGAAUUAUGUGAAUUGUAUAUAAAUUCAGACAGACUGGCUUUUAUCGUUUUAUCAUGACAUAUUGUAUUGUGUUCAUUGCUGUAGUUGACAUUCAAGGUGUUGAAAUAAAAUAUGUGAUAUCUGUAUUUAUGUCCUCAAAAAUCUUUAUUUUAAAAGAAGUUUUCAUUCUUGUGCCACCUUUUGCAUUUCUUUGGAAAUCUCUCAAAUGAAAAGCAUGUAUGAGAGGUUCUAUUUUUAUCAGCAGUAUUGUUGUCAUUCUUACAUUCAUGUCAAUAUACACACAUGCCUAAGGAAAAAUAAAACUUA